UCUUGAUUCGUCCUCUCCAUUUUUCUCAAUUUCUUUAAUCUCUCUCUCUCUUCCUUCUUCUUCCUCUUUCUUCAUCUAUGGACCCUUUACCUUCCCAAAAACACCAUCUUGACGACGAUAAUCUUCAUCAACAAACCCUAACCAACAAUCCUCAAUCCUCCGAUUCAACCACCACCACCACCGACUCAACCUCCUCCGCUCAACAACGCAAACGCAAAGGCAAAGGAGGUCCAGACAACUCCAAGUUUCGUUACCGUGGCGUCCGACAAAGAAGCUGGGGCAAAUGGGUCGCCGAGAUCCGUGAGCCACGUAAACGCACUCGAAAGUGGCUUGGUACUUUCGCCACAGCCGAAGACGCCGCACGUGCCUACGACCGAGCCGCCGUUUUCCUCUACGGGUCACGUGCUCAACUCAACUUAUCACCUUCCUCUCCUACCUCCGUGUCUUCCACUUCCUCCUCCUCCGUCUCCGCCUCUUCCACCUCUCCUUCCUCUUCCUCUUCCUCCACUCAAACCCUAAGACCUCUCCUCCCUCGUCCCUCCGCCUCCGGAGCCUCCGCUUUUGGUCCUUACGGUCUCCCUUUAACCAACAACAACAUCUUCCUUUCUGGUGGGCCUUCUAUGUUAUGCCCUAGUUAUGGUCUUUUCUCACACCAACAACAACAACAACAACAACAAAGUCAGAUGACGCAAGUGGGACAAUUCCAUCAGCAACAGUUUCAGAAUCUUCAACCUAGUAAUAACAGUAACAAGAUCGGUGACGUGGAGCUCACAGAUGUUCCCGUGGUCAAUUCGACGUCGUUUCAUCAAGAGGUGGCGUUAGGGCAAGAACAAAGAGGGUGUAAUAAUAAGAUGGAAGAUUUGAACUCUCUGGCUGGUUCGGUUGGUUCGAGUUUGUCAAUAUCUACGGCUGUUGUUGAUCCGGUUGGUUCUAUGGGUAUGGAUACGAUUGGAGAUGUAUCUUCGACGGUUUGGCCUUUUGGUGGAGAAGACGAGUAUAGUCAUUGGGGGAAUAUUUGGGAUUUUGUUGAUCCCUUCUUGCUUGACUUUUGACUUUGAACCCUUUUUUUUCCAUCGGAAUUCUAUUGAUUGUUUUGGGGAAUACGAUGAGGCAACUUAAAGGUCAGUCAAAGAGCAUUGGAGAUUCUGAGGAUUCAUUGUUGAAAGGAAUCAAGGAGACUACAUUCGUUGAGGAGCUUUUUGCAUGCAAAAUUUUGGAGGAUUUUUUUUUCUUAAACAUAUAGAGAU